AUCAUCGCUGCGUCAUUUUGUUGUUUUUUGGCGCGAAAUUCCCUAUGAGAAGUUUCCGCAAUGAUCGCGCAUGAGGAUGUAAACAGCAGGAAGUUUGGGAUUUCAUUUCGCUGUUUUUCGCACUGAAGUUUGAUUUUCCGGAACGCUGAUUCUCUGACGACAGACCUAAACGUGCUCUGGCCGAAACUCCUGCACUUUACAUUGAGUGUUGUUGGAUUGUCACAGUGUUACAGUCACAAUGUCAGACGCCAGUGAUCUCAGUGGAGGAGAGGAGAGCCAGGAGGACGUGUUGACCCCAGCAGAGCUCAUCGCCAAACUGGAGGAGGCUUGGCUUAAUGAGAAGUUUUCUCCAGAACUGUUGGAAAACAAGUCCGAGUUGGUGGAGUGUGUGAUGGAGCAGCUCACACACAUGGAGGAAAACCUCCAGAGGGUGAGGAAAGGUGAUGUGAAAGCCAGUGUCCAUCGCAUGGAGAUCGAUCGCAUCCGCUUCGUUCUGAGCAGCUUUCUGCGCUCAAGGCUCCAGAAGAUAGAGAAGUUUUUCCCUCAUGUAUUGGAGAAAGAAAAGUCGCGUGCGGAUGGAGAUCCUUCGUUUCUCUCUCCUGAAGAGUUUGCCUUCGCGAAAGAGUAUCUGGCCAACACCGAGGUUUAUCUCCAAGCCGUGGCUCUGAAACACAUGCCUCCAAACCUGCAGAGCAUUGACAUGCUGAAGGCCGUUCCUGAGCCGUGUCUCGACUCGUUCGUGUUCCUGAGAGUGAAAGAGAGGCAGGAGAAUAUCCUGGUGGAGCCGGAGACGGAUGAGCAGAGGGAGUACGUUGUGGACUUGGAAGAAGGUUCGCAGCACUUGAUGCGUUACCGUAUUAUAGCGCCUCUAGUGGCCAGCGGUGCAGUGCAACUUAUUUAAACCCGGAACAGAAUGAAGAUCGGUGAAUGAAGCCCGUCUGUGAACGUCCAUGUCCCAGCACCAUGAAACUGGUGUAAAAGCAAUAUGGAGUAAACAUUCUUCAAUGUGUUCUGACAGAUGCAUUUGUUCAGAACACAGUACUGUAUAUACUCUUGGCCAAAGACACUCUGAAUGAUCUUGGGUUAUUGCAAACUAUCUGCAAUAUUUCGUCACAUAUCGACAGCUCAGUUAUUGCAGUCUGAUUAUAAACUAGUGAACCUGACGCUUAUGAAAUGGAAACUGUGGUUUUCUCUGUAAAUGGGAAGUUGAUGGGUUGGAUGUGAUCAUUUAAAUGGUCACUGGGGUUUUGCUGGCAUGCUAGAAUAAAGUUGUAGUAUUUAUGUUUCUAUA